AUGUUAGCAAACAAUCGAAGUGAUAUUCAAUUAAUUGAAGGUGAUGUUGCAUUACCUGUGCAUACUGGUCGUACAGUAUAUACUCCUUCUCCAAAAUGGCCUAAUGGUAUUGUACCUUUUGAAUUCGAUGGACCAUUCACAGAUGAACAAAAAAAUAUUAUUAUCGGUGCAAUGACAACUAUUAGUCAAAAUACAAACAAUUGUAUUCGAUUUGUUUCGCGUGCCAAUAAUCCAGUCUGGUUACGAAUUCAUUCUGGACAAGGAUGUUGGUCAUAUAUGGGAAAGGCUUUCAGUAGUGGUAAACAAGAUCUAUCAUUACAGAUUCCUGGUUGUGUACAUCAUUCGGUUUCUUUACAUGAAUUUUUACAUGCACUUGGUUUUGUUCAUGAGCAUACACGUCCUGAUCGUGAUACAUAUGUUCGUGUCUAUUAUGAAAAUAUUGAAUCGAGUCAAUCGUAUGCAUUCGAUAAAUUUCCUUCAAAUCAAGUGAACACAUAUAAUCAAGCAUAUGAUUAUGGGUCAAUCAUGCACUAUCGAAGUGAUGCUUUUUCAAUCAAUGGUCGCCCAACCGUUAAGCCUGUGUUAGCUGGAUAUGAAAAUUGGGAACCUUUUAUGGGUCGUGGUGAUAAAAUGAGUGCUCAAGAUAUUCAAAAAUUAAAAGCAUACUAUGGAUGUCCAUAA